UGCCGGGGGCUCCGGCAAACCAUGGCCCAGCAGGAGACCUACGGCAACUGGUUGGGCCCCCCCGCGCCCCCCAAACGCCUGACCAGGCAACCCGGAAUUUACUCCUCCACCGGGAAAAUGUCCCCGGUGGGCAACUUCAGACCAGCAUCCCCGGACAGUUUUGAGGACGAUUACGACGACGUGUCCCUGGCGGAGUCGGAGCGGGAACCUCGGAGCAAACCCGGGACAGUUUACACCCUGGCGGGGUCUCCAAACCCUUCCCGGGCCGGACCCUCCCCCUCCAUCGGAGCCGGAGCCGCUUUUCCCGGGAAAGCCGAGCUGGAGCCGGAGCCCCAAGGCCGGGACUGGGAUCGGGAUCGGGACCGGGAUCGGGACCGGGAUCAGGAUCGGGAUCGGGAUCGGGAUCGGGAUCGGGAUCGGGGCCGGGCUCUGAAUGGGAUCGGGAUCAGGAUCGGGACCAGGCUCUGUGCCGGGGCCGCUCUGUCCGUCCUGCUGGGGCUGAGCCUCCUGGGCUGGGCCCUGCUCCUCACCCUGGGCCUGCAAAAACACCGAGAGAUUUGGGAGGAGUUGCAGCUCCUGAGGUCCAACUGCUCGGAAAACCAGGAAUCCGUGCUGCGGGAGCUGGCGGCGGCGCAGCGACGGCAGACGCGGCUCCGGGGGUGGAUCCAGCAGCACUUCCAGGAGCUCCAGGAGGUCACAGGUGAUUCCCGGGAAUUCCCACCUGGAACUCCGGCAUUCCCGCCUGGAACUCCGGCAUUCCCGCCUGGAACUCCAGGAUUCCCGCCUGGAAUUCCCUCCCCAAAACUCCCGGGGGGGGGGGGGGGGGGCGAAAACAGGGAAAACUGGGGAGGGCUGCUGUGCCGGAGCCUGGAGGGCUCCCGGCGCUGCUCGGCGGGGUGGCAACUUUUUGGGAAGAGCUGCUACUCCUUUUCCUGGGAAUCCUGGAGCUGGGAGGAGGCUCGGGACGCCUGUGCCGACCUGGGCUCCCACCUGGUCGUCGUCAACUCCGAGGAAGAGCAG